AUGGCCGAUAUCUCGACCCUCCUACUCGCAUCUCUUAAUCCCGAUACUCGAAAGCAAGCAGAACAAAGCCUCGCGUCUUUGAGCACUCAACAAGGAUUCCUGACCCAUCUUCUCAGUUUGGUGCUGGAUAUUACAAAGGAUCGUGCUGUAAGACUGUCUGGGAGUAUCUACCUCAAAAAUAUCACCAAACUUAGAUGGGAGGAGGAUGUGCAGCCAUUGGCCGAACAAGAUAAGACAGCUUUGCGAGCAGAACUGGUACCAGCUAUGCUGGCGCUGUCUGCUCCUGCCGAUAAAGCAAUACGUGCCCAGGUUGCAGAAUCUGUCUCUUUGAUCGCCGAGCUAGAUUUUCCAGUCAAAUGGGAAAACUUAAUCGACCAACUCGUGUCGUCUCUUUCAGCAACCGACUACAAUGUAAAUGUCGGCGUCCUUCAGACUGCACACUCUAUCUUUCAGCCCUGGAGAGCCCAUGUCAGAUCAGACGAAUUGUUCACGGAAAUCAACUUCGUUCUAUCCAAGUUUAUGGAACCUUUCCUGCAGCUUUUCAGGCAAACUGCGUCGCUUCUCUUAUCCAAUCCUAGUCCAAAUCCAGCUCUGACAAGCCCGAAAUCCAACUACGAAGUAUUGGCGCAAGCUAUGGUUCUUUUGAUCGAUAUUUACUAUGAUUUCACAUGUCAAGACCUUCCACCCGCUAUUGAAGAUACUCACGAAGAGUUCUUUGGUCCUGGAACAGGCUGGUUCCAGAACUUUUUACUCUGGGAUCCUGUGGAAUUGAGGGGUGACUCAGAUGACACUACUGCCUCUCUAACAUCUCAAAUCAAAACAGGGAUUUUGGAAAUCGCCGAACUCUUCAUCAAAUUAUACCCAGAGCAGCUGCAAAAGACGUCCUCCGUGGAGAAUUUGGUACAAGGUGUAUGGACACUAGUGGGCUCGAAUAAGUUACCAGGUGUGGCAGAUGAUGCGUUAGUGUCCCAAUCAUUGAGAUUCCUUUCCACUGCCAUUCGCUCUGGCUAUUACAAGACUCUAUUUUCUGCUCGAGACACCAUUCAUUCUCUUGUCCAGGGUGUCGUUGUCCCAAAUGUUGCACUUCGAGAACACGACGUCGAACAAUUCGAGGACGACCCUCUUGAAUUCAUUCGCCUCGACCUCGCCGUUUCGGCAACCGGGACCGACCUCGCUACACGUCGACAGGCCGCUGCCGACGUACUUCAAGCAUUGGUCGGCAGCGGAUACGAGACGGAAGCGACGGACAUCGUGGGUUCGUUUAUAAACACUGGUUUAUCUGAAUAUGCAUCAAACAAAGAGGAAAAUUGGAAGGCCAAGGAUAGCGCUAUCUACUUGCUGACAGCCGUCGCUACACGGGGAUCAACUAGCCAGCAUGGAGUGACAUCAACCAACGCUCUAGUGGAUGUUGUCAAAUUUUUCUCUGACCAUGUAUUCGAAGACCUUCAAGCUGCAUCUGGAACGGUACACCCCAUAUUACAGGUUGAUGCUAUUCGGUUCUUGCACACUUUCCGGAAUCAGCUGACAAAACCCCAACUCCUUUCCGUCCUGCCUCUCCUUGCUCGCCACCUGGGCUCAGAAAACUACGUCACCUACACCUAUGCAGCAAUUACAAUCGACCGAGUUUUGUCCAUCAAGCAAGGAAAUCAGAUCUUGUUCGCACAGGCUGACAUUCACGAUUCCGCUCUCGAAAUGAUCAAUGCUCUGCUAUCGAAGAUUGAAGCCGCCCGUACAGCCGAAAAGGUGGCGGAGAACGAUCAUUUGAUGAAAUGUGUCAUGCGGAUAAUUGUGACAGCGAGACAAACCUUAAUUCCAGGACAUGAGGGUAUUCUUGCUCGUCUGGUCGCUAUCUUGGGCGUUAUAUCCAAAAAUCCCAGCAAUCCUUACUUUGAUCAAUAUAUCUUUGAGAGCAUAUCGGGUCUCAUGAGAUUCGUCGUUGCUGGAUCGCGGGAGUCAUUGCUGAACUUUGAGCAAUCCUUGUUUGGCCCCUUCAUCAUCAUCAUCGAGCAAGACAUUGAUCAAUACGUUCCUUAUGUAUUCCAAGUUCUUGCUCAAAUGCUAGAGCUGCACCGUGGCAGCCAGAUCCCAGUGGCCUACCGAAGUCUCGUCCCAUUCCUACUAAAAGUCGAGGUAUGGUCACAAAAGGGCAGCAUUCCCGGUCUCGUCCGCCUGCUGGUCGCAUUCCUCGAACAGGAUGGAGACAACUUGUACCAGACAGGCCAGCUCGUUGGCCUUCUGGGUGUCGUGCAGCAACGUUUGAUUCCUUCCAAAACAAACGAUGUAUGGGGUAUUGAGCUUCUUCAAGCGGUAGUCGUAAAUAUCAAACCGGUCUGGCUGCAGCAAUACAUGAGGCCGAUCUUCCUAUGCCUACUCACUCGCCUGCACGCAAACAAAAAUGACUCGUUCUCGUAUUUGAUGGCCAAGUUCAUUCUCUACAUUAUGGCGGUCAAAGUAGAUGAACUUGAACCCGACUACUUCAUAAAAGUCAUUGAAGAGAUCCAACCAAACCUCUGGUCUCAGAUUGUGACGACUUUCAUAAUUCCUCAUGCCCCCAAAUUCCCCCAUAAAGAGCGGAAAUUGGCUGCAGUCGGAAUCACUCGAAUUCUUUGCGAAAGCACCUUUAUGCUCCAAGAGCCAUCAAUCCGCACAUGGUCUGGCUUGUACUCUGCCCUCGGAAAAUUGUUCAGUGAACGUCAGCACCUGGAGACUAAACCGGAUGGCGCUGAUGACGGAGCUGUCACUGCGAUUGACUUUGAGGAGCAAAACGCUGGCUACCAGGCCGCCUAUUCACGCCUUGCUGCUUCGGAUACUGGCAGGAAGUUUGAUCCAGUGGCUUAUGUGACCAACCCCCUUCAGUAUCUGAACCAAGAGCUCGAGAAGUUGACCGCUAGAUAUGGCCAACAGGUGCAGAUGUUGAUAGCUAAUGCUGAGGGCGGACGUAUUGUUUAA